AAGUUGUUCUAUACAGAAAUUGAUGAUCUUCAAGCACAUGGUAUCGGAGUUGCCGACAUACAUAAACUUAAAGCUGCAGGUGUUUGUACAGUAAAGGGAGUACAAAUGAUGACAAAGAAAUCUCUUUUAAAAAUUAAAGGAUUAUCAGAAACAAAAGUAGAUAAAAUUAAAGAAGCUGCGAUUAAGAUUCAAGGACCUGGAUUUGUUACAGCAAAGGAAAUUGCUAUACAAAGAGAAAAAGUAGUCAAGAUUUCAACUGGCAGUAAACAACUGAAUACACUUCUUGGAGGUGGCAUUCAAACAAUGUCAAUCACAGAGGUCUUUGGUGAAUAUAGAACAGCUUAUAUUGAUACAGAGGGUACCUUUAGACCAGACCGUAUCAUUUCUAUUGCAGAUCGAUUUGGUGUAGAUCCUAAUAUUGUAUUAGAUAAUAUUGUUGUCGCUAGAGCUUGGAACAGUGACCAACAAAUGGAUUUAAUCUAUGAAUUAGCAGCUCAUUUCGCUGAACAACGUGGUACUUACCGUUUAUUAGUCAUUGAUUCUAUCAUCAGUUUAUUUCGUUGUGAUUAUUCGGGUCGUGGUGAAUUAGCUGAUAGACAACAAAAAUUAAAUCAAAUGUUGAGUCGAUUAACAAAGAUAUCAGAAGAAUAUAACAUUGCUGUCUUUUUAACCAAUCAAGUAUCCUCUGACCCAGGAGCUGGAAUGACAUUCGUGGCUGAUCCAAAGAAGCCAGUAGGUGGUCAUGUAUUAGCUCACGCAUCUUCUACACGCAUCUAUUUAAGAAAAGGACGUGGUGAAGAACGUGUUGCAAAAUUAUAUGAUUCACCUGAUAUGCCAGAAAGUGAAGCCUCUUACUCAAUUAACAGUGGUGGUAUUGUCGACAUUUCUAUUUAA